AUGGCGGAUGUUGUCAUUGGUAGCAUUGCCGAAAAGAUUGUUGCUAUUCUGGGUUCUCAAGCAACAGAAACGGUUGGAAAGUUAUGGGCCCUCAAGCAUGAACUCAAGGCACUCGAGAACACUGUCUCUACGCUUCGGGCCGUACUCCACCAUGCAGAAGAGCAGUACUACCAGAGUUCCCAAGUCAAAGAUUGGGUUGAGAAAUUGAAAGAUGCUUUGUAUGAUGCAGAGGACGUGCUUGAAGAAUUCAACAUAGAAGCUCUGCAACCAAAACUAAGGGGCCAUAAGAAAAUGAUGAAGGAGGUAAAAACAUUUUUCUCAAGUUCAAACCAGCUUGCUUUUAAACUGAAGAUGGGUUACAAAGUAAGAGCAGUGAGGGAGAGCAUAGAAGCCAUUAAAGCUGAUAGAAUAUUCUACUUGGAAGAGCGCCCGGUGGAUUCGGAAGCAGAGAGAGAGCAGAGGAAGAGAAGAGAAACACAUUCGUUUAUACCAGAGGGAUAUAUUAUUGGCAGAGAUGCUGAUAAGAAGACUGUCAAAGGAUUUUUAAUGGAUUCGAACAUGGAAGAGCCAAUUUCCAUCCUUCCAAUUGUUGGUAUUGGCGGGCUUGGAAAAACAGCUCUCGCUCAAUCUGUGUAUAACGAUGAGAUGGUCGGUAAUUGGUUUGAAUUAAAAAUGUGGGUUUGUGUCUCUGAUGACUUUGACUUGAUAAAAAUAGUGAAAAAUAUCAUUGCUUGUGUAAAGAAUGAAAAACCAACCGAGGAUACGAUGGAACAAUUGCAAAGAAAAUUGAGGGCAGAAAUUGAUGGAAAGAGAUAUCUCUUAGUUUUAGAUGAUCUGUGGAAUAUAGAACUAGAAAAAUGGCUGAGCUUGAAAAUUUUAUUAGGGGGAGGUGGUAGAGGGAGCAAGAUCCUUAUAACUACACGCCUUCUUCCAGUUGUGAAGAUCACUGGCACUACUUCACCUUAUCUUCUCGAGGACUUAUCCGAAAGUGCAUCUGUUGAUUUAUUAAUGCAAAUAGCUUGUCAAAAAGUAGAGGAGAGACAAGAUUCUGAAAUGCUAGCUAUCGCCAUAGAGAUAGUUAGAAAGUGCUCUGGGGUUCCAUUGGUUAUUCGAACUGUUGGGAGUUUACUAUUCUUUAAGAAAACUAAACGUGAAUGGUUAGAUUUCAAAAAUCAUGAGCUCCCCGAAGUGUCUCAAAGGGAAGAUUGCAUAAAAUCGGUUCUGAAGCUAAGUUAUGACCAUCUUCCUUCCCAUUUGAAACAAUGUUUUGCAUUCUGUUCAUUGUUUCCCAAAGAUUAUAAGAUAAAGAAACAUACUUUGGUCGAUCUUUGGAUAGCAGAAGGAUUUAUCCAGCCAUCAAAUAGAGGUCAACAUUUAGAAGACAUUGCUCAUGGAUAUUUCAUGGAUCUACUUUGGAGCAACUUCUUCCAAGAUUUUAAAGAAGAUCCAUUCACGGGGGAAGAGAUUUGCAAGAUGCAUGAUUUGAUGCAUGAUCUAGCUUGCUUGGUUGCAAGGACUGAGUGUUGGGUGGCAUGGGAUGAUACAAAACUCAUACUUGAAAGAACUCGUCAUAUAUCUUGUGAUUCAACUUCCAAUUUGAUGGGUAAACCUCAAAUAUCAUGCUUGAAAGCAAGUGCACUAAGAACAUUUUUGUCCGUUACUACAUAUUGGGGAAUGGAACCAACAAGUGAAGCAAAUCUAUGCCAACUCAUUCAAAGUUUCAAGAGAUUGCGUAUCUUAGAUCUGCAUGCGAAAAAGGUCGAGAAGGUGCCAAUGUCCAUUUAUAAGUUGAAGCAUCUUACAUAUCUUGAUCUCUCUUACAAUCAUGCACUCAAAAGGCUUCCUGACUCCAUCACGAGAUUGCAGAAUUUGCAAACACUUAAUCUCCACCAUUGUGGAUCCCUUGAAGAAUUGCCAAGGGGUAUAAGGAAGUUAGUCAACCUUCAAGAUCUAAACAUAGAUAAUUGUGAUAAACUUAGUUAUAUGCCAUGUGGACUAGAGCAAUUGACUUCGUUGCAUAGGUUAAUUUGCUUUAUAUUGCCUAAAGAUAAAGCUCUUGCUAAGAAAUAUUGCAAACUUGGGGAGCUAAAUAGGCUUAAUAACAUUCGGGGAAGGCUUUACAUUAAAAAUUUGGGAAGCGUGAUAGAUGCAAUAGAAGAAUCCAUGGCCGCGAACUUGAUAGAGAAGCAUUCUCUGGAAUUUUUGAUUCUUUCAUGGGGCAGUUUCAAUAGUAUUGAUGAAGUAAUGAUUACGAAGAGAGAUGAUGCAAUGAUUAUGAAGAGAGAUGAAGCACUAUUAGAUGGAUUGAGGCCGCCCGACAAUCUGCAGAAAUUGAUUAUUGAUAAAUAUGAUGGUGAGAGUUUUCCGAGGUGGAUGACUGAGUUGCCUAAUUUAGUUGAGUUAAGAUUGAUAAAGUGCGAAAGAUGUAAACAUUUCCCCAAAUUUGGCCUUAGUAAGUUGAAGCGUCUCGACAUCUCUGGGAUGGAGUUUCUAGAAUAUUUGCCUGGGGAGAGUCUGGGAAGUCUCACCUCACUUGAAUCUCUUGAUAUCUACCUUCUUCACCGGUUAACUUCCCUCCCACUUGGUUUGCGGCAUCUAUCGAAGCUCGUGCAUCUCUCUAUUAAGGCUUGCCAUGAUCUCGAUUUAUCCAAAGAUGAAAGCGGCAACAUCUUGGAUUUCCAUGGAGGCCUUCAGAGUCUUCGCUCCAUGCACAUCAGUUUCCUUCCCAAACUGACAUCUCUCCCACAGUGGAUUCUACAGCUCCGCUCCGAGUGCCCCAAUUUUAAGGAGCAAAUCUCGAGCGUCUCGAAAUUUGGAAUUGCCAGAAUUAUAAGGCAUUAUCAGAGCAAAUCGAGAAAUGUGAGGAGCUGGAUAUAUCCAAAGACGAAAGCGGCAACAUCUUGGAUUUCCAUGGAGGCCUUCAGAAUCUCCGCUCCGUACACAUCUAUGACCUUCCCAAAUUGA